UUGGUGGUGGCAGGGGGCUGGGGCACGCUGUGGCGGCGGACCCGCAUCCCGUCCGACUCUCUCCCGAGCCCGCCCCGGACGCCGCCGGCGGGCGAGAGCGAGCUUUCCAGAGGCGGCAGGGUCGGGAAAGGUGCGGACACUGCCCCCGCCCGGCCGCGGGAGGAGCUCCGCGCCGCGCCGCCCCCGCAGGGCUGGGAAGCGGGCGCAGUGGCCGUGGCUACGCCGUGCUCUCGUCGCCGAAGCGGCGUUAAAACGGGGUCGGUGGGAGCGCGGCGGAGACGGAGGAGCGAUCGUUCUCGCACCGAGACGCUCUGCCCCGGCGCUGCGGGCAGCCCGUCCCGGCACCGCGCUGCCGCUCCUGCGCGGGCGGCGAGCGACGCGCUCUUUGCAGACGGUCCCUGCGCCGCUCUCUGCAGCGCCGCGCAGGCGCCCGGCACUGGGACGGCGGCCCCGGCGCGAGCGGGAGAGCGGCGCGGCGGGGAGGAGCAUGGACGGGACGAGGGAGAUGCAUAGUCCCAGAUACUCUCUCAGGACACACUGAUCCGUAUCUGUAGGAGACUAAUGCUCUGCAUCGCCUUCCAGAAGAUCUUGACUUCGCAUACAGGCAGACCAUCUCAAUUGGGCACCACAAGCUUGUUGCUGGAGAUUGCUGCUUCCUCCCUCCUGGUACCUGAGGCCUGAACUCUUCCGUUUCCUCUAUCAGCAUGGCCUGUGGAGAGACCCUGUCUGCAAGUUGCUGCUGGGAAAGACUGAGAGCUGGAUCCAAAUGCAUCCUCAGCCUGCUGUCUUUGACCUGAAGCAGGAACAGCUCUAUGAGAAUAUCUGCUACUAAUUCAUCAUGACGUAAUACCUGGUCUCCUGCCCCAUCCUGUUUCUUCUUGGUCUAUACACAUGAGACUCUGCGUGUUCAUCAGCCACCUAGUCUGGUACAGCGACCUGGGAUGCCAUCAGGAGCUCGAAUGCCCCAUCAGGGGGCUCCCAUGGGUCCCCCAGGCCCCCCGUACGUUGGAAGCCCCUCGGUGCGACCUGGGAUGCCCCAGACUGUGAUGGAAACAACAAGGAAACGCACUGCACCACAGCAGGUCCAGCAGCAGCAGGUCCAGCAGCAAGUGCAGCAGCAGCAGCAAGCCACGCAGAACCGAACUAGGAGUGCCAAGAGGAGGAAGAUGGCUGACAAAAUUCUCCCUCAGAGGAUCCGGGAGCUGGUUCCUGAGUCCCAGGCCUACAUGGAUCUGUUGGCCUUUGAACGCAAACUAGACCAGACCAUUAUGCGGAAGCGUGUGGAUAUUCAGGAAGCACUGAAGAGGCCGAUGAAGCAAAAGCGGAAACUGAGACUUUACAUCUCCAACACAUUUAAUCCUGCAAAAUCUGAUGCUGAUGACUCUGAUGGCAGCAUUGCUUCGUGGGAGCUGCGAGUGGAGGGGAAGCUCCUGGAUGACCUCAGCAAACAGAAACGGAAGUUUUCGUCUUUUUUUAAGAGUUUGGUUAUUGAACUGGACAAAGAUCUUUAUGGACCUGACAACCAUCUUGUGGAGUGGCACAGAACUCCCACAACCCAGGAAACGGAUGGUUUCCAGGUGAAGAGACCUGGUGAUGUCAGCGUGCGGUGCACGUUACUCCUCAUGCUGGACUACCAGCCUCCGCAGUUUAAGCUGGACCCGCGAUUAGCCCGUUUGCUGGGGAUACACACACAGACCCGAUCCGCCAUCAUCCAGGCUCUCUGGCAGUACAUCAAAACAAAUAAGCUGCAAGACUCCCAUGAUAAGGAAUACAUUAACUGUGAUAAGUACUUCCAGCAGAUCUUUGACUGUCCACGGCUAAAGUUUUCUGAAAUUCCUCAGAGACUCACUAACCUGCUGCUGCCACCAGACCCUAUAGUGAUAAACCAUAUCAUCAGUGUUGACCCCAACGAUCAGAAGAAGACGGCUUGUUAUGACAUAGACGUAGAAGUUGAAGACCCAUUAAAGGGACAGAUGAGUAGUUUUCUUCUCUCAACAGCUAACCAACAGGAGAUUACAGCAUUGGACAACAAGAUUCAUGAGACAAUCGAAUCCAUAAAUCAGUUAAAAAUACAACGUGAUUUCAUGCUGAGUUUCUCCAAAGAUCCCAAAGGGUACAUCCAAGACCUUCUUCGGUCCCAAAGUAGGGAUCUUAAGGUGAUGACUGAUGUAGUUGGAAACCCAGAGGAAGAACGCAGAGCGGAAUUUUAUCACGAGCCAUGGUCUCAAGAGGCUGUGAGCAGAUAUUUCUACUGCAAGAUCCAGCAGCGCCGGCAGGAACUGGAACAAUCUCUGGGAGUGCGCAAUACAUAAGUACUGUUCACAAGAUCCCAUUGGCAUCACGACCACCAAACCAGUGGACUUCUCAGUGUUACUUAGCUCACUGUUACACAUGGACCUGCUUCCUGACUGGAUGAGAAUGUACCACCAACACACCAGUCAGAACACCAGCUUUACAGUGACCCUUGAAAAUCUUGCCCAUGGGGGGUGUCUCAAACCAUUCCAGGCCAGAGAAAGCACCGCACAAGUGUCAGUGUUACAGAAGAUUAAAGGUUCAUUCAUCAACGCACAUCAUUAAAUUUUAGUGGAAAGUUCAGACACUACACAGCAAAUCCUAAUGGGCUAUGCAUAGAAUCAUGGGUGAUAUUGAUGGGGGAGGUUGAGAUGAGCGUUAUAGGAGACUACAGAUUUAGAGAAAUAAAUGCAGUUCUCAUCCUAUGUUAACUAAGAGUCUCAAAUAGUAAAUUUUCUGGAAUUAGACAAGAUAGUCGUUUUUAUAGCUGUGGAAUGCUUUAUAUUCCUGAAUAGAGUUUUUAUUCCAGCUGGAGCAGUGCAAGAAGCCAUCUCACCAUGUGAAAGAACAAGCUAGGAGGAUUUUCAUUCCUGGAAUGAACAGUCACUCUGGAAGAAAGAAGCAUAGUCGGGACAUUUCCCCUGCAAACCCUAAUACUUCCUGUUUCCUUGCCCCUGCAGAGAAAGGUAGACUCAAUUACAUAUCACUAGGUGGGUAUGAAUCAAUGUGCUGUACUGAGAAGGGAAUUAUCCCCGGGAUAAGAGCUUCUUAGGCAUCCUUAAUAUCAGUGGUGUUAGCAAAGAUGAAGUUGAAGCAAGAAAUGAGGCAUUCUGAGAAAAUGAAAAUGACUUAAUGGUGCUUUGCUGAUACCUGCCUUGAAAACAGCAGAUACUAACAAUAAGCGCGUAUGUAAAAUACAAGAUUUCUUAAAUGUUCUCUGUGUGCCAGUAGGGAUCAGCACUGAGAAUGUCCCUAAUUGUUAAGUUGGUGCGGAAUCCAAGAAGCUUAACUUCAUAUAAAGUGGCAGUUUUCUCUUUACUUAAAGAUGUUAACUGAGUCCCUGGAUUGGUCUCACAUUUUGAUCAUAGGUGAACUGCCUCUUACUCUGAAUUACUUCGUUCACCCGUACAUGAUACGUACUAGUUAUAUAGGAUGCUAUUGAGUUAUAAAGCACUAUCAGCCUUAAAUAGCACAGAGAACGUAUCCCUUGGAAACCAUCUUCUUUGUAAGUGUAUGACAAAUUCAGACUAUGGGAAUUUACACCAUAUUUACUUGGAAGCAGGGAUAUCUUCAUUAAAUUCCCCCCCCUCGUUUUUUGUAGUGCAUAGACUAGUUUGUAAUUCAUGGCCCAACAUGAUUUCUAGUCCAAAAAGCAGCUGCCAAAGUAUAACUCUUGAUCCAGAUGAUGUGGCACUCAAAAUCCUCUUCUAGGUUACUCCUUUUCAUCGCCUUUCUUUCACUUUCAUGGAAAGAGAGUCAAAUUCACAUAUGGUAUGGAAGGGAGGCAGCUCUUCUGAAUAACACAUUUUGCUGUGGUAUUGUCCUUUUCUGUUAUCUUUGCCAAUUUCUUAGUCGAACUUUUCUGUCCAGUCACCGAAGAGGUAGUCUUCUCUUACACUCCUUUAUUUAAUACCGCUGGUUUCACUAAUAUUACCAUAGCUUUUACUCUGUUCAUUGUGUUCAGAGAUGUCUUGAAAAAUUUACAUUUGAUUGCAGUCAUGUGAUGGCAGUACUGUCAUGCAAAACCAUUGGUGUAAGAAAAAUCAUAGCUGUAUCUUUUGCUUGAGACCUUUUACCAGGAAUGGCUUGGUUUGGAACUUUUUUUGUGUUAAAACCUUUUUUUUUACAGUAAAACGUGAAAUCAUGCAGUCUUAAGCUGAGUAUAGUGAGGGGCUGUGAGGCUGCCAGACAGUGAAUUACUUGAAAUCUUAUUUACUUUAGGACUCCACUAAUUGGACUACAAGCAAGCAUUAGAAGGGAAAACAGUGGGGGUCAUCUGCUACUGUGCUUCCAUAUUUAUUAUGCUGCUGUGUCUGUUGUGUGCAUGCUGUCUGGUGUGUAAAACUCUUUUCUAUAUGUGGUAAACAGAGCAGCUACAUUCAGGGGAUGCAUUCAGUCUCCAGGAAUAAGAAAUGCAGAGAAUGAGAUGCAAGGAUGUGAGAAGGGCAUGGGACUGGGGUAGAUGCCUGCAGGAGUUCUGCCAGGGAACUCAGUUUUUUGAGAACUUCCCCACUGAAGAGGCAGAUAUUUGUACUGAGACAUUUCAGUCAUGUGCCACAGCUGGCAACAUAACGGAGUCCAGUCUGCUUUUAGAAUGUCUCUGUAGAAUUAAUUAACAAAACUAAUGUGGUGUUGCUGCUCAGUGUUCACAACCAUCACUGGAAAGCACUAUGUUAAGCACCCACACUAGACUGAAGUGUGUGUGUGUGCGUAGAUGGCACUGAGGAUGGUAAUCCAAAAAUCUGAAUUCUUAUUGGGUUAUAAGAAUUCAUAUAUUGUUAAUGUUCAUAUUCCUACUGUACAUAUAAAGACUGGUCACUGACAGCGAGUCUUAGGCGUAGCUGUCAGGUGUCUUUCCUUUGGUUAAACUGUGAUUUGAGAUUUUAACUUUUUUUCCCUGCGUUCAGAAGCAGUUCAGGCCUUUUACUGAAGAGACACAGAGAGAAGUCUUGUCCUCUGUUCUGGGAGUGCAGCCAGAAGCUUGUGUGUUUGCAAAAGAGAGAAAUUGUAUUUGAAGAGAAAUAAUGGAGCAAUACCGGGAGGAACUGGACCAAAUGCUGCUUGGGCGUACGAAAAUGAAAGGCAGUGGUACUGAACAGGCAUGUAAUUGUGGCAGAUGGUGAAUGAUAAAUCCAUUUUAAGUUCAGGAUGGUUGUCUUUUUGUGUGCAUAAAAGAUUACAAGAAGAUGUUUUGGGGUCUUCAGUUGCUGCCACAGUACAAUACAAAUCUGUGCAUACUGCAGAAAAAACAUUCUGUGCAUAGAAAAGUAGUUAAUGUAUAGAUGAUAAUAUAGAUUGUUAGAAAAUAUAGCAUCAAACUUGGAAAGGGUUAAAACAGAAUUCUGGAGUACCAUUAGAAGGGAAAUAUAUCUUGGAGCUGAAGUGUUGACAGGUUUGAAACACACUUUUAGUCGUUUGUGCUUCAGACCGAGUGUUUCUGAGAAAUUAAAGGGAAAACAAAUGUUUGAUUAUGGAAUAGAGAGAAGAAUACAGCAGUGGAACACAAAACAAAAAGAUGGAGCAGAGUGCCACAGAAGUGCCAGUAAGACAUAGCACAGGAUAAUGUGCAGAGUACUGUUGGAAAUAGCACAGUCCACGUGAGUCCAUGUAUUUUGUGUACAUGUGUGUAUGUAUACGUGUAGAGAGAUGUGGGAGAGAGACGGUCUCAACUUGUAUGUAGCCUGGGAAAUGGGCGUGCGGGACAGAACCAAGUGUUCUGCACAUAACUUUGAGACACACUGUCAAAACAUUUUCCACUGUUAUCAACAGGGAUUCGGCUGUUCGACUUAGCAGGGUUGGUAGUUGUAGUGCAGACACUGUUGUAGCUGGCAGUUCUCUUACACCACAUUGUUUAGAAUUUAUCCUGUGGAAGCUGAGUGAAAACAUUAGUGCAUAUAUAUCAAUAUUGCUGCAUAUCUUAGGGCUCCUAAUUUUGCCAAAAUGCUAGUCAGGUAUUGGGGUUUUUUUGGCCUGUUUUUGUGUUGAGAACCCUUUUAUGGCAGUGCAAAUAGAUGACGGGGGAAAAGAAAGCUCUUUUUUCCUGAAGAGAGGUCUCCUUUCUGUAACUGCUCUGUUGUUCAAUAGGAUGUGUCUGUUCUGCCAGAUCCUGUAUGAUAAACACCUUUUCCAAUCUCAUUGAAGAAAGGAACUCCAUUAAAAAAAAUGCAACUGUGGGUUUGUGAGAGUGAGCAAAUACAUGUAUAAAGGGCAGGAGGGGGGAGAGAGAGAGACACAGACUCCCUCUGCUCUGUAGCCACCAUAUCUUCAUUGUAUGAUGCCAAGUGAUUCGUAGAAAAGCUUUUAACAAUAAAUACUUUGUUUCUU